CGGGGCCAGAUCGCGGGGGGUGGGGAGCCGGGCUGCGGGAGGGCGGGGCGGGGCGGGGGGCCGGGCCUCGUGGCGGCUCUCCGCCCUCCUGCCUACCAAGCAGCGGUCGCCGCGGUGGCAACUGGGGCGGGUGGACUCUGGCGGGACUGCGGGACCCGGCCCGGCUUCUUGCCCUGGCCCCUGUGGGGAGGAUGGGAACACCCUGGCGAUGUCUCUGGGCCGACUCCUCCGCCGGGCCUCCUCCAGAGCCUCGGACCUCCUGACCCUCGGCUUGAGCAGUAGUGGCAGCACCCCCUCCGUGCUGGAUGGCGAGAUUCUCUUCUCCAAGAACAAUGUCUGCGUGCACCCACCCGAGGGGCUGCAAGAGCUGGGGGAGCACCACCCAGGAUACCUGUGCUUAUACAUGGAGAAGGAUGAGCUACUGGGGGCCACCCUCAUCCUCACCUGGGUCCCCAACUCCCGCAUCCAGCGGCAGGAUGAGGAGGCACUGCGUUACAUCACCCCAGAGAGCUCCCCUGUGCGCAGGACCCCCAGGCGCCGGCGCACCCAGAGCUCGGGCCCCCCCCUCAGAUGCUCCCUCACGGAACUGAGGCGCCCCCUGACCCCUGGACAUGAGGACAUCCUGGUGGUGGCGCAGAGCCUCCGGGAUGCCAUGCAUGUAGGGGACAAGCCGGCCCCCAGAGGUCAGGGCCCCCCCAGCGCAUGGGCCAGCCCAGAGGAGGGGGGCCCAGUGGUGCGGUCCGAGGCACUGGAGGAGGAGGGCUCCUGGGAACUGUCAGCGGAUGGUGUGAGCAGGGACAGCUCCUUCGACUCAGACUCUGACGCCUUUUCCUCACCCCUCUGCCUGUCACCUGUCAGUGCCGCCCUGGCUGAGAGCAGCAGCAGCGUGUUCCUAGAGACCCCUGGCGGGGCUGAUGCCAGCCUGCACUUCCCAGAGGGCAGCAGCCUCCUGCAGAGCUCGCACUGGGAAGAGCCUCAGCGUGCACGUACCCUGGAACAGAUCUGCAGUGUGUUCCGUGUGGACCUGGGCCAGAUGCGCUCUCUCCGCCUGUUCUUCAGUGAUGAGGCCUGUACCAGCGGUCAGCUGGUGGUGGCCAGCCGGGAGAGCCAGUACAAGGUGCUCCAUUUCCACCAUGGUGGCUUGGACAAGCUUUCAGAAGUGUUCCAGCAGUGGAAGUACUGCACUGAGACAAACCUCAAAGACCAGGUCUCAGAAGAGAGGACCUGCAUGCAGUUCUCCAUCCGCCGCCCCAAGCUGCAGUCGUCGGAGGCGCACCCCGAGGAGAGUGCGCACCACCGGCUGGACGUGGCGGCCUGGCUGCGGCACCUGAACGAGCUGGGCCAGGUGGAGGAAGAGUACAAACUGCGCAAGGCCAUUUUCUUCGGCGGCAUUGACGGGUCCAUCCGGGGGGAGGUUUGGCCCUUCCUGCUGCGCUGCUACAGCCCGGAGUCCACUUCGGAGGAGAGGGAGGAGCUGCGCCUACGGAGGCGGAGGGAAUACGCUCACAUCCAGCAGAGGAGGCUAUCCAUGCCCCCCGAGGAGCACAGAACUUUCUGGCGCAACGUGCAAUUCACAGUGGACAAGGAUGUGGUGCGCACUGACCGCAGCAACCAGUUCUUCCGAGGGGAGGACAACCCCAAUGUGGAGAGUAUGAGGAGGAUCCUUCUCAACUAUGCGGUGUACAACCCAGCUGUCGGCUACUCCCAGGGCAUGUCGGACCUGGUGGCACCACUCUUGGCUGAGGUCCUGGACGAGGCUGACACCUUCUGGUGCUUCGUGGGCCUCAUGCAGAACACCAUCUUCAUCAGCUCCCCAAGGGAUGAGGACAUGGAGAAGCAGCUGCUUUACCUGCGGGAACUGCUGCGGCUGACGCACCUACGCUUCUACCAACACCUGGUAUCACUAGGCGAGGAUGGGCUACAGAUGCUCUUCUGCCACCGCUGGCUGCUGCUCUGCUUCAAGCGCGAGUUUUCCGAGGCCGAGGCCCUGCGCAUCUGGGAGGCCUGCUGGGCACACUAUCAGACGGAUUAUUUCCAUCUCUUCAUCUGCGUGGCCAUCAUCGCUAUCUAUGGGGAUGACGUCAUCGAGCAGCAGCUGGCCACCGACCAGAUGCUCCUGCACUUUGGUAACCUGGCCAUGCACAUGAACGGGGAGCUGGUGCUCCACAAGGCCCGCAGUCUGCUGCACCAGUUCCGCUUGCGCCCCCAGAUCCCCUGCAGCCUGCACGACCUGUGCAAGCUGUGCGGCCCCGGCAUGUGGGACAGCGGUCCCAUCCCCGCGGUGGAGUGCACCGGCGAGCACCCCGCCUCCGAGAGCUGCCCCUACGGGGGCAUGGUGGACGCCCCUUCGCCCCAGCCCCCCAGAGACGGCAAGAGGGGUGCGAAGACAACCCGGGAAGGAUUCAGCUUCCGCAGAUAGGCCGGGUCCCCUGCGCUGGACCGCGGAGGAGAAACGCCAGUGGCCGUCCAGGAGUCUGCAAGUGACGGG